UCUUAAUAUUUUUUUCUCUUUGUAGGUACUCUUACCAAACUUUUGGAAUAAGUUGUGUAAAGUCUUUGAAGCCAAAUUCAUAGAAUCUGAUAUAAAACCUAACCUCAACAAAUUAUUACCACUUGCUGUGUGUGGGUGGUCAACAAGCCAGAGUGAAGAUGUGAUUAUCUGCAAGUACUGCCAGCGUCAUAUUGCUUUGUGGAAUUAUGUUCGGGUUGCAUCUUCACCUAACUUAAAUGGGCACGUAUUCACAAAAGCACCAGAGACACCACAUACAAGGAAAAGAAAGAAAUCUAAUAAUACUGUGAAUGAGAAACGCAUUAAACUUAGUAUUAAAGAUAGCUUAGACCCUGUUUCAGAGCACCGCAAUUGGUGUCCCUGGGUAAACAUUGAUUCAUGCCAAACUGCAGAGGUGCUAGAAAUGGAAUUGAAUCUGUUAAACGAUGCAGUGGAAAAAUGUACUUCAGGAGCUCUCUCAGUACAUGCUGGUCAUGACUUCCCUUCAAAGAAGAAAAUAGUUGCUUGGGCUGAGAUUUGUAUCAUCCUGGCAGAAUAUUUUGGUAUCUGUGAUUCCACCAGUCCUGAAAAGACAUCUCCUUUCUGUCAACUGCGUCAUGUGCGUAACCUACUCAGCAUGUGGUCAUCACCUCAGCAGCCUCCUCCAAAAUCAAGUUUUAUUGUAGAUGAAACAGACUCUUCCGUGAAAGAUCCACAACCACAGAAGUCUUUACUUUCACCAUCUAAAUCAUCAAAGAAAACCACAUCUCCAAAAACGAGUUUGUCCCAGCAGAAAUCUCCAGAGGCUACAGCAACUGUUUCACCACGAAUGACCAGAACAGCUCAGUUACUUACCCCUAUCAUUGCAAAAGAAUUUUCUACAACAGACAUAACUGAAAUUAAUUUAGAUGAAAUUUUGUCUGCUGCAGUAAGUGCCUCUAAUACAAAUGUUAGUACUGUUGUUGAAAAGACCCCACAAAAUAAGGCGAGUACCUCUGCAGCAACAACUGCAAAGACUCCAGCUACAGCUAGCUCUGUUUCUAUGAAAACUGUACCAGCUAGCUCUGUUUCAAUGAAGACUGCUGCAACUAGCUCUGUUUAUAUGAAGACUGCUCCAGCUGAGACCAUUCCAAAAACACCAAAUAAUAGAAAUCCAAACCAACAGACUGUUAAUUCUGGUGCUACAGGUCCUACUGGUACCAUUUCAAAUGCACCAACUCCAGGUGCAAAUACUCGGUCAGCUAGUGCCAACAUACCUGGCCACACUGGUGCCAUGGCUUCUACUCGCCAUGUCCCAGAUUCACCACAUUUAGGUGCAAAUACUCGUUCAGCCAAUGUUAAUAAUCCCCUUCACACUGGUGCUAUGACGACCCGGAGUAACAGUGGUACCCCUCUCCGUUUUCCCAAUACACAUCCUCCUGUCCAGAGAGGUAUGAUGACUCGCAUGGCACAGAAAGCUCAUCAACAACAGAACUUUCAAAGACAGAAAUGGCGGUGGGCUAACUAAGUCAGACGUUUUAUAUUUCACUCCAGUUUAUAUAAGGACGUCUGUCUUUGCUAAAUUAAUUAAUGUGUAUAACUAUCUUGAUUAAAACACCAUUCUCCGCUUUCACUAAUGUCAUUUCGUUCACAGUUAUCAAGAAUCAUUGUAUACUUCAAAAUUGUUACUGAACCAAUUUUAAGAUAUAAAAUUUAAUUCUUCAUAAAA